CUAGCUUCCACUUCCAGCGGCACCGCCGCACCGGCCCUCUCUUCAGCACCAUCGAUCACCACCGCCGCCGUGUGUAAUAUAUAUAGGUGGGCCGUGGGCGCAACUCCGCGUACCACCCCGUUGCAUUUCACUCCACUCCAUCCCACGCCGCGCUCCCGGAGCCCCGGCCAGCGCGUCUCUGCCUGUCCCUCUCCCCGUCUCCCUCCCUCUCCUGCGAGAGUGCUAGACAGAGACGUGCAGACCGGCCGGGGCCCACCGGCGCCUCACGCGCGCGAGGUGAGUGACGACGAGCGAGCGAGGCCGAUCGAGGAGGAGCUGCUACUGCUAGCGCAGUCGAUCGCGCGCGGGGGCGGGAGGUCGCUGUUGGUGUCUGGUGGAGGUGGUAGCGGUUACAGCGGGGGAAAGGAACGCGGGCGGGCGGCCGGCCAAUCGGGAAAGGGCACAAGCAGAUCCAGGCGUCCCAGGAUUUCUGCGCCCAGACUUUGCCCGCAAUCCACCGGCCGGGUCCGCGUGCGCCGUCAACCCGGCAUCUGCUAGCUCCGUCUCCGUGUGUCGUCCCUCUCCCUCUCAUUCCCCGGCCCGUCCGCGGCGAUCGCUCCAGCGUGGUAUAUAAAGCGGCGGAGGCGACCUACAGAUUGGCGGUUGCGGCAGUUACUGGUGGGGAUCCACUGAAAGGAUGGACACUUUCUCUCAUGUUCCACCUGGAUUCCGUUUCCACCCCACCGACGAGGAACUCGUCGACUACUACCUGAGGAAGAAGGUGGCGUCCAACAAGAUCGACCUUGACGUCAUAAAAGACGUCGAUCUGUACAAAAUUGAGCCUUGGGAUCUCCAAGAGAAGUGCAAGAUUGGGAUGGAGGAGCAGAACGAUUGGUACUUCUUCAGCCACAAGGACAAGAAGUACCCGACGGGCACUCGCACCAACCGGGCGACCACCGCCGGCUUCUGGAAGGCGACGGGGCGCGACAAGCCCAUCUACACCAAGAGCUGCCUCGUCGGGAUGAGGAAGACGCUCGUCUUCUACAGGGGCCGCGCGCCCAACGGCCACAAGUCCGACUGGAUCAUGCACGAGUACCGCCUAGAGACCACCGAGAACGGGACCGCCCCUGAGGAAGGAUGGGUGGUGUGCAGGGUGUUCAAGAAGCGAGUGGCGACCGUGCGGAGGAUGGCCGACGGCGCGCCGUGGUUUGACAACCACGUCGCCGGCGGGUUCAUGCCGGACCUUGUUGGCUCGGUGCCGAGGCAGCUGAUGCACCACCACCCAAACGCCGUAGCGGCGGUGUACAGCGGCCAGCAGCAGCUCUACCACUGCAAGCCGGAGCUGGAGUACCAUCACCUUCUGCCCAGCCAAGACGCCUUCUUGCAGCAGCUCCCACAGUUGGAGAGCCCCAAGCCUCCUCCCGCCUACAUCGCCGCCCAGGGCAGCUGCAGCCUCCAGUCCCCCGACGAUGCUUCUGGGUACACCGCGCGGCAACUGCCGAUGACGGAAGCCGCUUACAUGGACGACUCGGUCACCGACUGGAGAGUGCUCGACAAGUUCGUCGCGUCUCAGCUCGUCAGCCACGGCGGCGAUGACACAGCGAAAGAGACCGCUUACUCCAGCCCGGCGCAGGCAUUUCAGUCUGAGAACAGGCAGCCGGAAGAAGCACUGGACUUCGCCUCUACAUCUGCCUCUGGGGACGGCGAGGCGAGCAUGUGGAAGUAGCUACUACACAACGUACAUGAAUCCAUUGGAAGCCCUAUACAAUUCAUAUAUAUAAAAUAUGCCUCCCACACCUGAUUUAUUAGUGUACAAAUAUGUAUCAUGCAAUGCGUGUCAUGGCACAUGAAAAAUCUCCAUAUGCAUAAUAAACAUGUAACCGAAGUGGUUAUAUAUAUAUAUAUUGUUAUUUGA